GUUCCGAUUGAGUGGAUUCUGAUUUUAUUUGUUUGUUUAUUUAAGACCAAGGCUGUUGACACUUUAAACUGUCAAAAUGCUAAUUUUGACAGGGGGAUUUCUGUAUACGUCAGAUCACAGUCGUGGUCAGACAGAGAAAGAUCCAAACUGGCGAGUUCUGAGAGCUGCAGCCAAAGGGGGAAAAAAAUUGCAUUCGUGUAAAAUAGAACUUUCAUUACAAACAGAUUAGUGACCGAGAGACAAAGGAGUGGACAUUUUAGUACGACAGUCCAGCAGCUACUUACAUCCCCCUCUUUCUCUCGCGCGCUCUCCCUCCCUUCUCACUCUCUCACCGCCUCGCAUCUUUCUCCUCAUCAUUUCACCGUCCGCUCCUCCUGCUCCUCCUCCUCCUCCCUCUUCUUUUUCUCCAUUCCGCUCCAUUCUCAUCCUCCCUCUUCAUCUCCUUCUCCGUCUCAUUCUUCAUCCUUCGACAUGCUCCCCACGUAAAACUCCGACAACUUGCAAGUCAAUAUCCAGUGGAUGUCGAGUCUGGGAGAAACAAACAUCAUCAUCAUCCUUUAACAACAACAAGAACAUCAGCAGCAGCAUCAGCAGCAGCAGCAUCAGUGUCAGCAGCAGCAGCAGCGGCGGCGGAGGCAAGAAAAGACGCCUGACGCAAAUGCUCAGUCUUGGAAUAAAAAAGGCCAAAAUUACGCACGUCUCCGUCCGGUGCUGAAGAUCGAAGGAGAACUCAGAGCAGCAGAAUGGAUCUGUCAUUCAUGGCCGCGCAGAUCCCAGUCAUGACUGGAGCUUUUAUGGACUCCUCGCCCAACGACGACUACAGCGGCGAACACUCGCUCUUCAACUCCUCGGCCAGCGUUCACGCCGCAGCCUCGGCAACCUCCGUGCAGUGUCAACAGGAAGAGUCCCAGUCAGUGUCCAGCGACGCCAUCUGGCUCUGGAUCGCCAUCGUGGCCACUAUCGGGAACAUAGUGGUGGUGGGCGUGGUCUACGCCUGCACCUUCUGAUGAGCAGACAAGUGUGUUCGUAAAGACAAAUAAAAACACUUUUUCUGGACUCCUAGGAGAGGCAUCGCUUUGUCUCUCCUAAGCUCACUCUCUCUCGCUCUAUGUCUCUCUCUCUCUGUUGCACCUGACUAAUGGAUCAGUUUGAGCCCCCUAGGGUUUGUUAGUGGUCGUGGUUGACAAUGAUGUAUAGACUCCUGCUGUAUAUUUCUUCAUCGGAGGCACCGACUGGACCUGGGCCACAUUUGUCAACAGGUGCAGGAGUUUGGAGAAGAAGCUUUGGUGUUUGACAGUGGAGGACCACGAACUUUCACUUUCAACCACCAACUCCGAAAAGGUUUUCGUUUCAAUUCAGAUUCAGUUUAUGUUCAAAUUCUAGUUGAUCCAGAUCCAGAUCAUCCACAGAAACAUUUCUGAGUUUUUAACCAGCGAUGGUUGGUGGCUUUGUCAGUCUUCCUCAAAUGGGGGCGAUAUAAAAAAAAGUUUGAAUACCCUUCCUGGAGACAAAAGCAAAGUCACCAACAAGCAGUGGUACUGUUGAGAUGAGCGCCCGUUCCCUUCGAGGAGCCGUACACCUCAGACAGUUUCACAUUAAAAGUAUUGUUAUGCCCUAUUUUCAUAUAUAAACUGGUUAUCAUCUCUGAUAACAAGAAAAGACAAAGUAUUUUAUUUAGAGAAGUAUUACUUCAUGAUAUAACCAGUCGUUCACCAUCCAGGAAGGCUGUGUUGCUGAUUACAAACCACCACCGUACAGUUCUAGUAACCCAAUAAAGUAAGGGAAUUAUUUGUGUACAACUAUACUACUACUGCUUAAUAAUGAUGUAUUUGUUUUGGAAAUUACGUAAUACUUUAGUUUCGGGCUUUUGCUGUUGAUAAGAAAUAAAUAGAAUAUUUUUACACUAUUCAACGACAGGAAACAGAUCUGGACAUUGGCGGCCGUUUAGUUUCCUUAUUUAAAAUGUUGAUUACAAGGUUUUUUCUGUUGAGAGGGUCAUAUCAGAGGAUCUGAUCGUGUACCAUGUAGCUCUGUGAUUAAGGACUCAGAGUGGGCGGGGCUAAGAAAUCUGGUUCCUCACGAAGCAUGUUUGCACUUUUGGGUUUUCACAUCAGAUCAGAUCUAAACUAGAGGUUCAUUCAUCUAUCAGUAAGAUGAGCUCAGUCACUCAGUUUGUUUUACUGAGUGCGCUGUGCUCAUACCUCAGAUUAAAUGUUAGUCCCGCAUAAAAUCAGAGAAACACAAAACUCACUAAAGUUUUUUUUUUUUUUUUAAUUUUCCAUAAUUAUAGCCUGUAAAAAAUUCUUCAACUUCUCCAAUAGGAGGAGACAAACCUUGUCCAUCAGAUACAGACUGUGAUACAGAUUAUGUUUCCAAAACCAAUUUCUAGAGAUUUUUUUGAUAGAUCUGUACCAGUGUGAGUGGGAAGGCAGGAUAAUUUGGGGAUGUUUUCUUUGUCUCCAUCAACCUGCCGUUCACAGCACAUUAGUUUUGUGUUACUGUGGAGGCUGGAGGCAGCCGUCGCCAUGGAAACUAUUACUAGCCCUAAUUGGGAACAAUAACUUUGGGUCUGAGGCAUAAAGCUGCAGCUACAUCUAGAAUUACACAGUCUCUCAGAACAAAGGCCUGUAUUUAGACAAAUAACACAACUUGUACAAACCGACUUUUAGUCUUUCAGCAUUUCCUUCUAAGAAUUUAUUUCUCCCCUUUAAUAAACACAAGGAUCUUCUAAGGUGAACUUACAGUACGGUGGGACCAUGUCCUCAUCAGAUCUCCUUUUUAACACAGCUCUGGUUCCUGAAAAAAAGGCAGCGCCUGGAACAAAAAUUGGAUUGGUAGUAUCAAAUAUUUGGAAGCACAAAGCACGAACUGUGAACAAACACCCGUGGACUUCUAAAAAAAAUCUGAAUGUUUGUCAACGUUUGAAGUUUCCUCUGAAAUGAACGAGAAACCAAAGGACAAGCAAACAGUAAGAAAACGUUGGCACCACAUGUUGGAAUUUUGGUACGAACUGGAUUGAACUGGAAAAACGGAGGUUUGAAAAGGACGAGUUUUGAAGCCGCUGUUGGUCUGGUUUAAGACAAAUGUCCACCACGUGAAUAAUGGUUCUUAAAGUGGGGACGGGGCCCCUUGAGGGGUGCAGCAAGAAUAAUUUGUUUCAAUUUCAAUACCUUCUUUAUUUGUCCUACAGUGGGGCAGUUGCACUGAAUUGUAAUUUUAUUCUUUUGUUCAAUGAGAGAAGCAGUUUUUAGGAAUUAUAAAUAAAGUUUCUGUCAAGUUUUAAAGCAAUAGCUGUCGGAGUGUUAGCCUGCAGAGGGCUGGGCUCAUCGGUUGUUAUAUUUACUAAAGGGGGUGCUGCAGAAAAUGUUUAGGAACUACUGAAAAGAGUACUGAGAGCUUUUGGAAUACUUAUUACAGUGACUAAACAAGUCUGACAAUACUGGGACUGUUUUUGACCCGAAAUAGUUCCUUAGAGGUUGGACUAUCAAAACAGUUUGGGAUGAAGGAUGAAGGAGGACGUUGUUCAAUUCAAUUCAACGCCUCUAAGUUAAUUUCUAAUGGUUCCGGGUCCUUCAAACGUCCUUGUUAUAUAUGGUGGAAAUGUGGUUCCAGAUUAGCAACAAAACUGUCUUGUUAACACCAUGUUGUCCAUGAAGUGCAGCAGACUAUACUGGCUAACUGUAACAACUGUUUGACGUAGGGAGAAAUCCAGACACACUAUUCUCUUCUUAUUAUAAUGAGUGUGCAUACAUGUAAUGUUCUGAGAAGGAAUUUUAAAGCCUACUAUUUUUAAUAAAUGGUUGCUGUAGAAAUGUUUGAACCCGUUGUAAAUGGCGUCUAUUUUGGCUCACUCACUGUCACCGGAGGAUGAUGAGAGGAUGAUGAUGCGCUAUCCUCCUCCAAAUGAGCAGGGGAUGCUCACAUUGGAGCCAAUGCCACUGGCAGACAUCACUAGUCGAAGCCGGGCCAUCAGGUGAGAUUGAUGCAAAGCUCAGAUGGCGCCAUCUGUCAUUUUGACACAGGCUCAGGUUGUUUAGAAAAUAACCUUGAUUCAAUUCUCUGUGGAGGCCUGCACCCAUCUGCACCACGGUUGACAUGGUCUGUGGAAAAACUACUGCAGUAAAAUCCAUGUAUUACAUUUUCA